AUGCAGAUUGUCGGGCGUCCCCCGUUGGCCCCAUGCUCAUCUUGCAGAAAGGGCAAUGGGCCCUGGGCAAAAUUUCUGACCUUCCCACUGUUCGGAGGUCAGCCAUCUGCUUGUGGCAAUUGCCACUGGGGAGGGGAGGACAAGAGAUACGAUUUCUACCGAGAGCCCGUCGCCGAUGAUGAUGCUGUUUCUCGCGGUCAUCGACGCACCUCUUCGAUGCAGGAACGCGUCGACAAGGCAGUUCUGGAGGAUUGA